UCAGCCACGCCCCUUCCGUCCUUGCUCUCUCCCACCUCUGCCCAGCAACUGUUCUUUCUGCUUCCGGGUCUAGUGUCAGCGGAAAAAAUGGUGGCGCCCGUGAAUGUCUCCCCUCUGAUCAAGGUGGGACGGUAUUCGGCCCUGCUCUUGGGCAUAGUGUACGGAACGAACCGCUAUGCCUACCUGAAGCCCCGGGCAGAAAAAGAACGGAAACUAGAAGCAGAGAGAAAAAAGAAGGAAGAAGAAAUGAGGAAAGUUCAGCAGCAAUUGGAAGAAGCCCGAGGCGACACCAUAUUGAAAUAAGAUUUGCUGUGUUUUCUUCUGCGAGAGUUGUGGUGUAAUAAAGCUUUCUAUGAUGUCUU